AUGCGUCGUAUACACGGCUUUCUACAUCAGAAAGUUGUGUCAAGUCGAUACCUUCAAAUAUGGGCUAAUGAUCCGGAGUUAUCUAAGCGUUUCGAUGUUAUAGUAGUCGGCGGAGGUCAUGCAGGAUGUGAAGGAGCUGCUGCUGCUGCGAGAUGUGGCUCAAGAGUGUUGUUGAUAACUCACAAUGUUAAUACAAUUGGCAUUAUGAGUUGUAACCCGUCUUUUGGCGGUAUUGGCAAGGGGCAUCUGAUGAGGUAAGUUAAUUUUAUUGUUUUCUUGGUUUUUAGGUAAUUAAUUGACGGAUUUUGGGCGGAGGUAAAUGUUAUGGCGUUAAAUAUGAUCUUUAUUAUCUUUUUUAGUUGAUAAGGCUUACGAACUGUUUUUAAUUUUAGAGAACUUGAUGCUUUUGAUGGAGUUUCGCCGAGAAUCUGUGAUCAAUCAGCUAUUACCUUCCAGGCCUUGAACAGGUCUCAUGGGCCAGCUGUAUUAGGUCUUAGAGCACAAAUGGACAGAGAGAUAUAUCUAAAGAACAUGCAGCAAGAGAUCUUGAACACACCCGGCCUGAUGGUUUUAGAAUCGGCUGUUGAAGACCUUGUGUUGGAAGAAAGCACGAAUAAGAUGAGAAUCUAUGGAUGUGUGCUUGGAGAUGGAACUGUAUGUAUUUUUAAAGUUUUAUUUUCAAAGUUUAGGGUUUUUGCUUGUUGAAAUAAUUUACUUGCUGUAAAAGACAUAAGGCUUUUUACAGCUAUAUUAUGUUAUCCUACCUGCUUUAUUAGCCUUUUUUGUUUCUGGCUAAUAUUUUGGAAGUUUAUUAAAUAAAGUGUCAUUUUUAGAUAGUCAAUUCAAAUACAGUUAUGUUAACAACAGGAACUUUCUUAUCGGCCGAGAUUUAUCGAGGUAUGACAUCAAAACCAGCUGGUCGAAUAGGAGACGCUGCUUCUUAUGGACUGUCGAGGACGUUUAACAGGCUUGGAUUUGUACUAGGAAGGUUGAGGACGGGAACACCACCUCGAUUAGAUGCGGAUACAAUAGAUUUUACAAAGUUUGAAGAAGCGCCACCUGAUCAGAAACCAAUUCCAUUUAGUUAUUUGACUAAAAAGGUGUGGAUUGGUGUGGAUCAACAGGUAAUAUCGCUUUGAUUUUAAUGUUUUUAGGGUGAAAUUGAUUUGAAUUUGUUUUUAUUUUGUUGGAACUUGUGCUGGCUACAUUUUUGAUGAAGUAUUGGACUUGAAUUUGUCUUAAAAUAAGGCAAACGAUCUUGUUUUAGGUGUCUAAACCUCUGAUACAAGGAUAAAAUUGAAACAAUUGGGAGAAAUAUCAGGUUUUGAAGUUUGUGGACAAUGGGUAUUACCUAAAAUUAUAUUUUUUAGUUAUCGACUCAUUUUGGGUAUACAAAUCAAAAGGUUGUUGAGAUUAUAAACAAGAAUUUGGAUCAGAAUCUACACGCGACUGGAGGAGUAACAGGACCGAGGUAUUGUCCUUCGUUGGAAACAAAGGUCAUAAGGUUUCCGAAGUUGAACCACAGAGUAAGUUUUUUAAGUAAAAGUAAGGUAAAGAGUAUGUUUUUAGUAGUUUAGUUUAUUGAAGUCAAUUUUUAAUGAUUUAGGUAUUGGAAAGUAAGUCUUUAGUAAUUUAGGUAUUAAAUUCGUUUUUAUUGGCUUACUUUAGGUAACAAAUUUAAUUUUUGGGCUUUCUUUAGGUAAUAUAGCCUUUUUUUAUACCUAAAAUGGAUAUUUUUCAGUUUUUCCUCGAACGUGAAGGUCUGAACUGUAAUGUUGUUUACAUGCAAGGCUCAACGAUGACAAACGACGAGAAGAUUCAAGAUCAGAUUGUCAAUUCGAUUAAAGGGCUAGAGAAUACAAAGAUAUUACAAUAUGGUUAUGGUGUACAAUAUGACUAUGUCAAUCCGAAACAACUUCAACCUUGGCUGGAGACCAGGAAAGUCGAAGGGCUAUUCUUAGCUGGACAAAUUAAUGGUACUACUGGGUACGAGGAGGCGGCUUCACAAGGUAAAUUACGGUGUUUGGCGUAUUAAAAACGACAAAAAAAAUUUUUAUUGAUAUUAGGUUGUUCAAAUAAUUCUGAAGAUUUGCUUUGAAAAGGGCUCAGAGUUUUUUGAACGACAAGGAGUAAAACUUCAUCUUUUUUUUUUGAAUUUUAAUUCACUACAACGAUAAAAUAAGUUAAAUCUUAAAUUCCAGGAGUACUAGCAGGUAUUAAUUGUGUAUGGAGAUCUAAAACACGAAGCAAUUGUCAAUACGUACCACGCGAACCACUCACUGUGUGUCGAUCAGAAGGAUAUAUGGGCGUUUUGGUUGAUGAUCUGAUCAAUUUUGGAGUCAAAGAACCGUACAGAAUGUUCACAUCGAGAGUUGAGUUCAGGUUGCAUUUGAGGUAGGUUUUUUUUUUAUUUUUUUAUAGUUAACUUUUGAUUCAAAUGGGUCUGAGAACCUGGGAUCAAAAUAAAGCUCCAGAAGCCCAAACCUGGUCCCAGGAGCCUAAAUCAAGGUCCAGAGGCCUAAUUGUAAACCAUGGCUUCAGGAGCCCAAAAGAGGCCCCAGGAGCUAAAACUCAGGAUUCAGAGACCCAAAUCAAAGCUUCAGGUGCCUAAACUAAGCCUUUAAAGGCUAAAAUUAAGGCUCAAGGGACCCAAUUUAAGGCUUCAAGGGCCUAAACUAGGUCCGCCGGAGCCCAUUAAAACUUAUUCUUAAGAUAUCAACUAUUCUACUAAUAUUACCCACAUUCAGGCCGGACAAUGCUGAUCUCCGCCUAACCGAAAAAGCCAAAGACUAUGGGGUUUUGUCGCCGGAACGAUGGGCUCAUUACAGCACGGUCAAAGCCGAUUUCACACGAUUGAAGGAGAAGUUAAUGGACUUUGAGAUCUCACUAUAUCAAUGGUCAAAAGUUCUCGGACCAAUGGGAUACAAGCUAAAUGGGACUGCGAGAAGUAGGUAUAGGUUGGGAGCUACAUAUGAGCAACAUUUGCCUUUAUUUAUUAGUAUAAAGCUUUUUGUUUCUGCCCACUGUAUAAAGGGUUAUAUCCGUGGAUUCUUUAUAAAGAUUUUCCCCUGCCCACGUCAAACAAUUUUUUUUUCUUUCCAGAGCACUCAGCCUAUGAAAUGAUGCACCGUCACGAUGUAAAGCUACAACAUCUGUACGAAGCCGACCCCGACGCCUUCAAAAACAUUGUAGAUUUGCUAGAAAAUGAAGAUAUUCAAGAACGAGUACGAUUAGAUGGUAUGUACUCACAUCAACACGCACGCUACAUGAAACAGAUGAAUGAGAUGAAACAGGAAAUGACUGCGACACUACCAGAAGAUCUGGAUUACAGUAAUGUAGAAGGUUUGAACUUGGAAUGCAGGGAAAAACUUGACUCAUUAAGGCCACUUAAUCUGGCAGCGGCUUCACGAAUCGAAGGCAUGACUCCAGAAGCACUGAUCACGUUGUUGCGGUACACUAAAGGGAGGUCAAAGAGGUUGUGA